AUGGGGAGUUCAUCAGAUGAAUCCGAAUCAAAGGAUGGUUCUGAUCAGUCUGACAAUGACAUUCAAUUGGAAACCACAUGGAUUGAGUGGUAUUGCAGCCUAAAUGGCAAUCAAUUCUACGUACAAGUGGAUGAGGAUUAUAUACGGGACGAUUUUAAUCUAAUUGACAUACCAAACCAAGUCCCCUACUAUAGCCGUGCUCUGAGUAUAAUCUUGGAUUGCGGCGAUGAGGAUGACUACAUGAGCGACGAUAACUCGAAGGAGAAUCAGCAGAUUUUGCAAUCAUCUACACAGCUAUUAUAUGGACUGAUACAUUGUAGAUAUAUAUUGACUAACAAGGGAAUGCAAGCGAUGUUGGAGAAAUAUGAAAACCAUACAUUUGGCAACUGCCCUAAUUACAGCUGUGAAAAUAUGCCGGGAUUGCCCAUUGGCGUGGUUGAUGCACCUAGUUACCAUACUGCCAAAAUAUUUUGUCCACGCUGUAACGAAGCCUAUCAUCCACCAAAACAGAACAAACUGUGUUUAAUAGAUGGAGCUUUCUUUGGCACAACAUUUGCCCAUUUAUUCCUUAUGCAACAUCAGUCACUGAUUUCCAGAGGGCCCACUUAUUAUUACGUGCCCAAAAUACAUGGAUUUAAGGUGAGUUCGGAAGUUCGUAAGCAGUUAGCAGCGGAAGAAAAACAUAACGAUAUGUAG